CUAAAUUGGAUUCAACUGUACAUCAUGACAGACGUUCCAGUGACAUUCAGUCAAGUUGAGUGUAAUGGGAACACACCACCUGAAAAUGGUCAACAACCAAUUGCUAAAACCAAUGAGGAAGCCAGUGAUAUUGAUGGCAACCCAUCAUUCUACAGGAUAGAACCUAGUCUUGAAGAUUUACCCACAGAAAGAAAUGAGGAAAAAAAUGAAAAAUUACAAGGGAAUAUGCUGCUCAAUUGGUCCAUGGAUGAGAAGAUUCUAAAAGAAAAACCGGAAGAGAAUCUCUUUAUUGUUCAUAAGGCGAUCACAGAUCUUACUCUCCAAGAAACAAGUAUUGAUGAAAUGACAUUCAGAGAAGGGCGUCAGUGGGAGAAGAUUCCCCUGAGCAGCAAUAACCAGGAAAUAAGUAGAAAAAAAGAAAGGAUUGCUGAACAACCUCUAGAAGAAAGGGGAGAUGAAGGUAGGAAGAACAAAGCUCACCAGGCAACUGAAAUUGAAUGGUUGGGAUUUCAAAAACCUAGCCAAGCUGAUGUGUUGCAUUCUAAACAUGAAGAGGAGCAAGAAGUUUGGGAUGAAGAAAUUAACAAUGCUGCUGAUGAUGAUAAUGAUGAUGAUGUCUGUAAUGAUGAUGAAGAUGAAGUUCGAGUGAUAGAAUUUAAGAAAAAAUGUGAAGAGAGUUCUCACUUAAAAGAGGAAGGUGAUGCAAGUGAGGACUCCCCACUGAGCAGUCCCAGUUCCCAGCCUGUGACACCUGAUGAGCAGCCAGCCUUUGGGAAGAAGAACGAUAUCUCAAGAAAUGCUUAUUCAAGAUACAAUACAAUAUCUUAUCGGAAAAUCAGGAAAGGGAAUACCAAGCAAAGAAUCGAUGAAUUUGAGUCUAUGAUGCAUUUAUAA